GCUGCAGGCAGCAGACAACGGUGGGGCUGGUCCUGAAGAGCGAGCACCUGUACCUCACCUCCUCCAGAGCCCCUCAGAUCUCUGCCAUGAUCCGCCUCUUCCUCCAGGAGCUCAUACAGGGUUCAGAUCAUGUGAUCGCUCUGAAGAGCUAUGUGACAGAUGAUAAGAGCCUGCUCAGCUUCCGCAAGGGUGAGAUCAUCAGCCUGCUGCCCAUGGAGCAUCUGCAGCCAGGGUGGUGUUUCGGGUCCCUGGGAGGGGCGUUCCGGACUCUUCCCCGAUGACCUCAACCCAGCCCUGCGCCGCCCCCGACUACCACAACUACCACCUGGGUCGCCGCGAGAACAGGAGGAAGAGCAUGAGGACGGCCCGCCCCCUCGCCACCAAAGUCCCCGCACCUGGCCUCGCCCUGGCCCCCGCCCCUGGCCCCAUCCUUGGCUCCGCCAGCCCAGCAGGGAGGGGUCAAUCCAGGGGUCAAUCCUAGGGUCAGUCCAGGGGUCGGAGAUUGAGAUCCUUCAGUACUUGAUGAUGGACUUUGCCAUGAGAUACUUCAGAGAUGCUGCCACAAGCAGAGACGUGUCCAAACUGGUGGAGCACACAGAGGUCCCCAUCAGUGAGUCUCUCAUUUUCUUCUUAGACCCUGAGCUGAAAGAACUGGCUGUCCAGUCCUUUUUGAGUGUAAUGAUGUUCAUGGGAGACCUGACCAUGAAGAAUGAGCUCUCAGAAGGAGACUGUAUCAAACACAUUGUGCUGCUGGGGAAGGAGAAGGAAUUCCUGAGAGAUGAGAUCUACUGCCAGAUCAUCAGACAGACCACCAACAACCCCCACAGGGAGAGCUGUACUCUGGGCUGGCGUCUCCUGAACCUGGUGACGGGGUUCUUCCCCUGCUCCUCCACCCUCAAACCAUACGCCAGCCGCCACUUGCGAGACAUCAGCCAGAACCCCACUCACCCCUACCAAAAGCUGGCCCGUGUGUGUGAGGACAACCUGAAGCGCUCCCUGACGCAUGGCGGCCGCAGACAUGUCCCCUCCCACUUAGAGCUGGAUGCCCUGCUGGCUGGCAGGAGUACUCGUCGUUUCCCCAUCCAGUUCCCAGGAGGGGUGGAGUUCCCCUGCAAGAUCCGCAGCUUCAGUGUGGCGCUAGAGAUUGUCCAGGAGCUCUGUUUUGAGAUGGGCAUCCAGGAUCCUUCAGAAGUUCAGGAGUUCUUCAUCCACGCCACCAGGGGCCACGAUGGGAUGGUGCGUCCCAUCCACCCGGCUGAGUACCUGUUUGACUUCCUGCUGGACGACGGCUCCAUUGGUCUCUCCUUCCGCCGGCUCGUCUGGACACACCCCCUGACCUUUCCCAAUGACAUCUACAUCGAGUUCCACUACCAUCAGGUGCUGGGUGACUACCUGGAUGGGAAGCUGCUACUUCCAGGUUCGGACUCCGCCCUCUCCAAACAGCUGGCCAAGCUGAGUGCCCUUCAACACCUGGCCCUGGGCCUGCAACACCAGCCCUCUGCGGCGGAGUUGAAGGACUACCUCCCCGGACAGACAGGGGGCAGCACCAGCCAAAAGCUGCUGCCCUCCUGCCUCUCCCAGCUGGCCGCCAUGGCCUCCCUCGGCCCUAGCGAUGCCAAACGAGCCGUCCUGGAUGAGCUGUGCUCCCUGCCUCUGUUCGGCACCAACAUCUUCAUGGCCCAGAAGGUCAGCCAGCGUACCUGCCCCUCCCCCUGCGUGGUCGCCGUCGGCCAGGAGGGGGUGCUGUUCUGCCAACCCAAAACACAGGUCAGAGUGUUUGUGAUCCCCCUGGCCGACGUGCUGUCCCUGCGCUCCGUCCGCCCCAAGAAAGACAAAGUGCCAGUGGUGGAGGUGAAGUACGGCAGCCCAGCCCACCCAAAAAGCAUCAGUAUCCACCUCAAACAGGCCAAGGAGCUGUGCCACAUCUUAGCUGUCAUCAUGGAAGAACUGGUGCGACCUCCCAUCAACAGCUCCAUAUCCAGCUUCACAGAGUUCACCCACUAACACACACACACACAUGCAGCAUUCACCCACUAACACACACACACAUGCAGCAUUCACCCACUAACACACACACACACACACACACACACACAUGCAGCAUUCACCCACUAACACACACACACACACAUGCAGCAUUCACCCACUAACACACACACACACACACACACACACACACACACACACACACACACACACACACACACAUGCAGCAUUUACCCACUAACACACACACACAUGCAGCAUUUACCCACUAACACACACACACAUGCAGCAUUCACACACUAGCACACACCCUCUAGAUUAGAACACACAUGCACCUUAAAGGUUAGUUUGUCUGGUGUUAAGUUAUAGGAGCAGAAACAGCUGCUGCAAUCAUCACACCUUCCUCUAAAGCACAGGAGUAUUUAUAUGAGCCACACACUGAUAGUAAACAAGCUAAAAAUGAGCUGUAUCUACUUUUAAAAUUCCAAACUGUUUGAUGACCAACGAAUGUAUAAUUUUGUACAUUGUCAU